CGGAGACCGGAGACCGAACACCGGGCCUCCCUAUAAAGACAUCACGAGCAGAAAAUGUCGAACGCGGCGUAUACUUAAUCUUGUCACUGGAGACAGAGGGAGAAACGCACAGCAAGCAACAUGAACUGCCUUUGUCGCCCAUCACGGAUUAUGUCCGUGCGCAUUAAUUUGCUGGAUGAAACCGAGUUUAUACACGAGAUCAAGGAUGAUUUGCCGGGCCAGGCUCUGCUGGAUGUCGUUUUUGCCAGGCUCAAUUUAAUCGAGACCUCAUACUUCGGCAUACGCUACAUAGACGAGGAGAACCAGACGCAUUGGCUGGAUCCUGCCUCACGGAUAUCCCGACAAUUGAAGCCAAAAUCGGAUCCUUAUGACUUGUACUUUGGCGUUAAGUUCUAUGCUGCUGAUCCUUGCAAGCUGCUGGAGGAAAUAACCAGGUAUCAACUUUUUCUCCAAGUCAAACAGGACGUUCUGCAAGGACGAUUGCCGGUGGCCUUCGAGCUGGCCGCCGAGCUCGGUGCCUUUGUGGUGCAAUCCGAACUGGGUGACUAUGAUCAGCGACGCCACUCGAAGGGCUAUGUGUCCGAGUUCCGGCUGCUUCCAAACCAGAGCAACGAGCUGGAGACCCGCGUCUCGGAGCUGCAUCAGCAACUCAAGGGAAUGUCGCCCUCGAGCGCUGAGCUAAACUAUCUGGACAAAGUCAAAUGGCACGACAUGUACGGCGUCGAUUUGCAUCCCGUUCUGGGCGAGGACAGCGUGGAGUACUUCCUGGGCCUGACUCCUAGCGGGAUUGUCGUCCUGCGCAACAAGACGACGGUGGCUCAUUACUAUUGGCCGCGCAUUGCCAAAGUUUAUUAUAAAGGACGCUAUUUUAUGCUCAGGAUAAGCGAUAAAAAUAACGAACUCAGCACCUACGGAUUCGAGACGCCUCGCAAGUCCGCCUGCAAGCACCUGUGGCGCUGCUGCGUGGAGCACCAUGCGUUCUUCAGGCAGGUGCGAGUGGCACCUUUGCCCAGCUCCCAGUCGCAUGCCACCGAUCUGUUCCAGCUGGGAUCGCGCUUCAGGCACAGUCGUCCGGACAAGUCCACGGAGAAGGAUGCACUGGCCGCCGGACGCUCUCCGCCCGCCUUCACCCGCACGCCCUCCAAGCGCCAGCCCAGGCGCGUGAUUGAUGACUUUUUUAACAGCAACGGCAACGGAAUCGGGAUUGGGAACGGGAACGGGAACGGGAAUGGGAAUGUCGGCGGCGGAACCGCCAACGGAGGAGCAGCAGGUGGAGGAGGCAUCCACAUGGGCAACAGGCCGCUGCCCCAGCCCGGACUGGGCACCAUCUCCAACAACUACGAUAGCCCCUACCGCUCCACCUACAGCAUUCCCACCAGCCUGGGAAUCCGGCCCUGCCACCAGCAGCAGCAACAGCAGCAACAGAACAACAACUCCAGCAGCUACAACAACAACAGCGGAAGCAACCUCCAGACCCCCGACUCACCCAGGAGCACAAGGAGCGCCCCCUGGCCACGAUCCCAGCAGCGUUCCCUCUUCGGCCACAACCCGUCGAGUCCGCGCUCCGUGAGAUCGGUCAGCACGGCGGGCGGUGGGCUGCAUCAUCACCACAGUCACCACAGCCAUGGCCAUGGCACUAGCCACCAUCCGCACCAGCAUCAUCAUCAGUCCUCCUCCUCGGCGGCGGCCAAUGGCUCCUCGUCGCACCAUCACCGCCAGCAGAGGGCCAGCUCCUCGUCCGCGUCGCACCAACAGCAGCGGUAUCGAUCCAGCUCCGUGGAGAGUCACUCCUCCAAUGACUCCAGAUCGACGAGAAGACACAAGCACCGUCAUCGUCGCACCUCAGACAAUGAAAGUGAACUCUCCAGGGGAUCAGGUCGCUCGGGCAGAUCAGGACGUUCGCAUCAUCGCAAACAUCGUCGAUCGAAUAGGCAUCGACGUGACUCCGCUGGAGGAUCCGACCAUGACAGUACCCGGGGACGCAGUUACUCCGGCCACCGCAGCUCCUCGAUGCGCAGCGGCAGUGCCGAGCUCAUUGAUUCCACAUCCCAGUGGCGGGAAGUGCAACGUCGCCAGGCGGAGGCCAGUUUGGGCCAGAGCUCUGUCCAGCAGGCGGCAGUGUCCAAGAGCAGCAUGGUGGCCCGAAGCCUGCACAGCAACGAUAGCCACUCGGACACGCACUCGCAUCACAAGUCGCGAAGGCAUCGCAAGAAUAAAUCCCCAUCGGAGUCUCGCAGUCGCAUGUGGAACAGUGAGCUGGCCAAGCAUCUGCAAUUCGAUUUGGUGGACACCGAGGGCAUGUCGGAGCAGCAGCUGAGAGAGAUUCCGUACACGGUCGUAGAGACCACCUCGAAGCGUUCCAACUCCAACCUGAAGAUCCACAAGAGCAACAGCAAGAGCAGUGUGGGGGCCAAGAGCACGGGCUCCGGAAAUACCAUCACCAAUGGCAGUGGCUCUGGAAAUACGGGACAGGCUAGGAAUCGUGUGGAUCGGAUUAGAGGACUUUACUAUCAAAGCUCGCAUCCCCACGAAGGCAAUGGAGGAGGCACAAGCAAUGGAGGUCAUGCUCCCAAAAAUGGCUCUAUACGAUCUGCCAGCACAAUAUCAUCCAGGGAGUGUGAACGGAAUAAUGGUUUAGUUAGAAUGAUGUCCAGCAUGAGCAUGGGUGACUUUAUCUCACCCACUGGCUCCAACCUGAGCCCUCUGGAAAAUUCCGCCUUGAGAGUUUCCCAUGAGCACACAGACUCUGGUCUGGGGGCCGAUCAGGAUUAUGCUUACUCCUCGGAAAGAUCCAGUGACAGCACCCGCUAUGGCACUAACAAAUCAUCGGGCGCCUCCAGCGGAUCGCACCGCAAGUCAGUGGGCAGCGGCGGAGGCGGUAACGGAAGCGGCAACGGAAACGGAAACGGCGGUGGCUACAACAGCCUCAUGCAGCAGACCGUGAGUAACCAGCAGCAGCAGCAGCAGCGCUCGCUGUUCGCCCAGCAGCAGCAGCAGCGCCAGCAGCAGCAGCAGCAACAGAAGAGCCACUAUAAAUACGCCACCUCCUCGCCAUCCACGUCCACGUCCACUAACCCCGCGGGCCUGGCGCCCGUGCACAAUCCCCCCAGUGCCAACGCCAGUCCCAACCCCAACACUAGCGCUACUAAUCCCCGCCUGCUCGCCUACACAACCUUCGAGAACAACCAGUACAAGUUCAGUCUGAACAACGCCCUGGCCAGGAGCUCGAAGGGCGUGAUGGGUGGAGCCGGCGGCAGCAGCAGCAAUCUCACCGGGAACAUGGUAACAACGGGUGGUGGUGGUACAGCUCCCGGAACAGGUGGUGGUGCUUUCAGUCGUCAACGCAGCUUCGUGGAAUGGCCCAGCAAUCCGGCGUCGCCCUACUACUACCAGGGUCCCUCCACCCAGGUGGCGGGGGUCAAGAGGCGCGACGCCAAGUCGGAUAUCGGGGUGCCAACGCGGCGGCUCUCUGGCCAGAGUGUGACCAAGACGCAGUUGCUCUCGGGCGGUGGCAAUGCCCAGCUGGCCAAUGCCGGCUGCUAUCCGUUGCACUAUGCCAGCAGCAGUGUCUCGGGAGUGGGCUACAAUCGUCAGCGAAUGGGCGGGGCAGGUGCCAUGCAACCCGCCAAGUCGGAUCUCUUUCUGUCCUACAUCCAUGGCGGGGAGUACGAGCGACCGUACAUCUACAACUACAAGAUGCCCCAGAUGCCGGGCAGCGGAGGAGGGGGUCUUGGCUCGGGAACGGGUUCCCCUAAGCAUCCCACGGCCUAUCACAUCUCUGGCUCCCAGACCGCUGAUCCGCCGCCACCGCCAGCACCGCUAUAUGGCGGCACGGCGCCCGCCAACGAUGUCAUGUACUAUCAGUUCGACAAAGGAGCCGCCGCGCCAUCUUCGUCCACGUCCGCCUCGGGAUCGGCGCCCGCGCCCAUUGUCCAGCAGCCGCGUCAGUCGGGCGGUCCAUUAGUGUAUCUGCAGCAUGGCCAGAAUGCGUCCACGUCGAGUGUCAACGCGGUGCAGCAAACUACGGCGCACUCGUCAUCGCACUCCUGCAGUGAGGAGGACGAGGCCAUGCUGGUUCUGGAGGCCAUGCAACAGGAUGCCGCCCAGAUGACCAACGACGAGACCGAAGACACCGAAGACGAUGAGGCGGCCGAGGCUGACGAUAUGUUCGAUGCAGAUGCACCACUGAUGUCGCCCACCGGAAGUCACAAUAGCACCAACAACAACAACAACAGCAGCAUCAGCAACUGUAUCAACAACAACAAUAGUCGGCAGUCGACUUCGACAACGGGCAAUAUUAAUUUCGAUAAUUGCAAUGCGAAUGUCUACGGCGGUCAACAGAUGGCGAAACAACUGGGGCCAAUUACCUCGGCCGGCCAAACGUUAAAUUGUCCCAAUGCCAACCCGCAUCCGCAUCAGAAUCCAAAUACCAGUAGCCACCACACCACCAAUAGUCACUCCAAUAGCCAAACAAAAGCCAUAGCCACCUCCAAUGCGAAUGCGAAUGAACACCCCACAACCCCCACAACCGCAGCAGCUGCAGCAGCAGGUACUGCAUCUGCAUCUGCAGCAACAGCAACUGGCACCGCAGCAGCAGCAGCAGCAACGAACUCCAAUCUGCAACAAAAUCAAAACAUUUCCUCCAGCUUAGAGAUAAUCCUAUCGCCAAUUAUCCAAAGUAGUCGACGGUAA